AUGGGCAGCAUAGGUACAGGCUCAGGGGUGGAUCUCUCCCACCACAUCAACAGAAAGAGCAAGGCUCGCCAUCCGUCGCCACUCAAGGAUAUCAUCAGGUUUAUGAGCCAGGAUACCAUGAUCAGUCUUGCUGGAGGCCUCCCCCACCCCACCCUUUUCCCUCUCCACACUGCGAGAUUCGACUGUCUUCCUCCCUCAUCGUCAAUACCAGACCCUGACAAGGGUGGAACACCUGAUGACCCGGUAUCCCUCAUGCUAGGUCGUAACUCGGGUCCUGGCGAACUCGAUUUGACGCAGUUCCUGCAAUAUGGCUCCGGCACCGGAAACGAACACCUCAUAUCCCUCUGUAAAGAAAUAACAAACAAGGUCCAUUCACCCCCUUGUGAAUACGAGUGUCUCCUGCACCCCGGCAACACCAACGCCUGGGCCAAGGUUGUCGGCAUGCUCUGCGAAGAUGACGAUUAUAUUCUCGUCGAAGAAUACACAUACCCGUCUGCGCAGGUGCUCUGGAUCCCUUUGGGGGUAAGGGCUGUUCCUGUCUCGGCUGACGCACAGGGAAUCUCGGCCAUCGUGCUUCGGGAUGUGCUUGCGAACUGGGAUGAAAAGAGCAGAGGGGCGAAAAGGCCGACGGUGCUGUACCUUGUUGCCGUCGGGUCCAAUCCUACAGAAUAUCCUACUCCAGAUAUCAUUAUCGUAGAGGACGACCCCUACUACUUCCUUCAGUACCCUCCCUACAGCCCUUCCGCCAAUUUCAGUGCCACAGAGUUCCAACCACUCGACACGGCCUCCUCCCUGAAAUCACUAACGCCUUCGUUUCUCUCCCUUGACACCCAGUCCCGGGUCAUCCGGCUGGAAUCCUUCUCCAAAACUGUAUUUCCUGGCCUCCGACUAGGCUACUUUGUCGCGAAUCCUCUUUUCACAGAACGUCUCCUCCGCGCAACGGAAGUCGAGACGCAGGAUCCAGCGGGUUUAAGCCAGGCGUUUAUCCUGGCCCUCCUCAAGAAGUGGGGGAGGCAAUAUCGAGUUCGACGAGACUGGAUAGUCGGUGCUUUCCACAAGCAUUUCACCAUCCUACCGGCUGCUAAUUCCCGGCUCCUCAAGGCAGACGGAUAUGUCGCUUGUCUCGCGGACUGUACUGGACAGCUGAAGCCGGUCUUCAGCUUCAUCGACCCCGGUGCCGGGAUGUUCAUCUGGUCGAAGUGGUACUUUGCUGGCGUGAAGCGGUUUGCUGAACUCUCUGCGUCUGACAAGCUUGAUCCUGAACAGGCCUUUGCAACGGAGCUGUGGAAUUCGUGGGCCAGUGAGUUAUUUCUGCUCACGCCGGGGUCAUACUAUCACCAUUGGCAGGGGAAGAAUAAAGUCACGAGGAGGGAACGAGGCGCGGAGAAAGGCACGGCGCAUUUCAGGUUCUCGUUUGCGACGCCGACAGAGAAGCAGAUUAAUGCUGAGGUGGAGAGGGUUAAAACGGUUGUUGAUCGGUACUGGAACUGA